GACUCUAAAACUUUCCCACUCUUGCAAAACUCCAAUCAUCCAUGAUAUGCAGACGUGGAAAAGACGUGUAAUCAGCCAAUACCUGCAUCUGCACCAAAUAACAUCUCAGACAAGAACAGACUACCUAGAUAGCUCUUUCACAUAUCACGGCCAAUAUAUCAAUAGAGAUUAGAGAAAUUUGAGGGUGACUCUUUCUCUCUCUCUCUCUCUCUGUAUGUGGCUAGAUUUAUGUUUUUAUGCUUAGAAAGUUGGUCUGUCAAAGCUUGGAAAUAGACGGAUCUUGCUUCAAGGAAUCAUGGGUGCCUUCGAGGAUUUGAAACCUGUUAUAGCUUUGGUAGUAUUGCAGUUUACCUAUGCUGGGCUUUCUAUAUCCACUAGAUAUGCUCUGUUACAAGGAAUGAGUCCCAGGGUGUUCAUAGUUUACAGGCAGGCUAUAGCUGCUUUGGUCAUUGCACCUAUAGCUUACUUCUCUCAAAGGGCAAUGAGAAGUAGGUCUUCUUUAGGGAUAAGGAGCUUUUCUUUGAUAUUUAUUGCUUCUCUUAUUGGUGUAACAAUCAAUCAGAACGUCUAUUUUGAAGGUCUAUACAUGGCCUCUGCAUCAAUAGCAAGUGCAAUGGGUAAUCUACUCCCUGCAGUCACCUUUCUGAUCGCAGCCAUUUUGGGAUUAGAAAAAGUUGACAUAAGAAGCUUUAGAACAAUUGCAAAGGUGGUAGGAACACUUGUCUGUGUUGGAGGAGCCUUAUCCAUUGCAUUGAUCAAAGGGCCAAAGCUGCUUCAUGCCACACAGCCAACCCCUGUUUCGCACUCGGGAGGUGAGAAUUGGCUGAUGGGUUGUCUCCUUCUCUUUGGAAGCAGUUGUUGCUGGUCAAUUUGGCUCAUUUUGCAGGUUCCCAUGUCUGCAAGCUAUCCUGACCACGUAUCCUUAUCAGCUUGGAUGUGUUUCUUUGGGGCAUUACAAUCAGCAAUCCUGGCUUUCAUCCUAGAACCAGACCUUACAGUAUGGAAACUGCACUCAAGUUUUGAACUUCUAUGCUGCUUUUAUGCAGGUAUUGUAGGAUCUGCUGCAUCUUUCUAUAUUCAAUCCUGGUGCAUUUCACGCCGAGGCCCACUCUUCUCUGCAAUGUUCAAUCCUUUGGGAACAGUUAUAAUAACCGUCUUUGCUUGCUUGCUUCUUCAUGAAAAACUCUACGUUGGAAGCAUGGCAGGAUCUGUUGCUGUAGUGGUUGGUCUAUAUGCUGUCCUCUGGAGUAAAGCUAAGGAUCUUGAAGAGAUGGAACAAAAGAAGGGUCCAAGAGAUAAUCCUUCAAAGAUGGUAACAGUGGUGAUAGAUGAAGAUGAAUCAUUGGAGAAGAGCUGCAAAACAGAUCUGAAGGAACCCCUUUUGAAUGGGAAAUCAUCUGAUGGCAAUGGAAGUGAAGGCAUUAGCAGAUGAUUAUUCUUUUUUAUUGGGGAAUUGGAGGAAUUGGAGGCUCCAGUGAGAUGUUUUGGUUGGUCUGUAACUGUAUCUGAUAUGGUCAAGAGAGUCCAUUUGAAAACGAUGGUCUUCUUACUUCUCUAGUUAAGUGCAGAAGUGUCUUCCUGUGUUGGUUUAUA